AUGGCAUCCCCCGAUGGCUUUUUCCAGAACCGGAGGGUUUACCUCUUGACAGCCGUGGCCUAUAUGGGAGCACUGCUCUUCGGUUUCGACACCGGUGUCAUGGGUUCUGUUCUGGCCAUGGAUUCCUUCAAGCUCGACUUUGGCCUUCCGCUGGAAAGCUCAGGCUUCGCUAGCGAGAAGAAUGCCAAUGUCUCGUCAAACGUCGUGGCUCUCCUCACGGCCGGAGCCUUCUUCGGCGCCAUCGCGGCGUCGAUCAUCAAUGAUAUGAUCGGUCGACGUGCAACCCUCUUCCUCUUUUGCACAAUCUUCAUGGUUGGAGCCGCCAUCCAGACGGGAGCGACGCAUGCGAUCAGUCUUAUCUAUGCUGGGCGCAUCAUUGCUGGUCUGGGUGUUGGUGGGCUGAGCGGUGUCAUGUCCGUGUACGUGUCCGAGAAUGCUCCACCAAAGAUUCGUGGACGCAUCGCCGGGUUGUUUCAAGAAAUGCUUGUCAUCGGUUCAACCUUUGCUUACUGGCUCGACUACGGAGUGGCAAAGCAUAUUCCAACUGGCACCAAGCAAUGGCGUAUUCCUGUCGCCAUUCAGCUGAUUCCUGGUGGCCUCAUGUUGGUCGGCCUUUGCUUUCUCAAAGAAAGUCCUCGAUGGCUGGCCAAGAAGGGACGCAACGAAAAGGCCCACGAGUCGUUAGCACAUGUACGAUGCAGAGGAAUGGAGGAUCCUCUGAUCCUUGCAGAGAUGGCUGAGAUCCGAGCCGCCGUCGAAGAGGAACACUUGGAAAUGGAGGGUUUCUCGUGGAAGGAGAUAUUCGCCCCAGCAAACAGAAAGCGAUUCGUCCUGGCGUUCUUCGUCAUGUUCUGGCAACAAUUCUCCGGUACCAACUCGAUCGGGUACUAUGCGCCACAAAUCUUCCAGACCAUCGGCAUCUCAUCGUCUGACUCCUCUCUGUUCGCCACGGGCGUAUACGGAACCGUGAAGGUGGUUGCGACAGCCAUUUUUCUACUUAUCGGUAUUGACAAAUGGGGUCGCAAGUGGUCUUUAGUCGGCGGUGCGGUCUGGAUGACAAUCAUGAUGUUGAUCAUUGGUAUCCUGCUCGUCAAGUUUCCCCCGAACCCCAAUGCCGAUGGUGUAAGCAGCGCCAGUAUCGCCAUGGCCGUCAUGAUCUACCUCUACGUCAUUGGCUACUCGGCAUCAUGGGGACCUACUCCCUGGGUCUUCGUGUCGGAGAUUUUCCCGACUCGUCUUCGUGCCUAUGGUGUAGGAGUCGCUGCUGCCACGCAGUGGGCCUUUAACUUUGUAAUCACAAAGAUCACGCCGAUCGCAAUUGCCAGCAUUGGCUGGAAGACUUUUAUCAUGUUUGCUGUAUUCUGUUUCGCUAUGGGAUUGUUCGUCCUCUUGUUUGUUCCUGAGACCAAGCAACGCACCCUCGAGGAGAUUGACAUCAUUUUUGGAGCUGUCGAUGCAGAGACUCGUCGUCACGAUGUGGAGAAGACCUUGGACGCCAAGAAGAAGGAAGCUAACAUGGCCGAGGAAGAGCGUAUUGAGUAG